GGAGGCAGGAGGCCGAGGCCAGUGAGGGGCCACACACGGUCCGGAUUCCUCUCCUCCCCAUGACCCCCGGCUCUGGACGGUGCCCCUCCAUUGCCCGGCACCCUGGUGGGAAUCCACCGACAUUUAUCCACACGGAGAAUGAGGCUGGGAUGUGACCCUCAACCACAGAUGAGCCACUAGUGCGACUGCCUAGGAAGUUUACAUCAUCUCAAGAUCUGGAACAUUUCAACUGGCUUCUGGGAUUCCGUGCUACCUGAUGUGUGGCUGAAGUAACUCAUUCCAGGCUGGGGAACGGGGAACAAGGGGUGCCCAGUGUCCCUUUCCUGCAGGGGAGUGGGCAGCAGGGCCAUGCUGGGGGCCGGGAGCUGGCCCUGAGCAGCCCCCAACAGAGCAUGCCGUGUGAGUCAGGGUCCAGCCAGGGGACAGAAUCCCGGAGCAGUGAUUCGAGCAGGGAACGUCUAACUCGUGGAAAUAUAAACUGUUGUGGGAUCGGGGUGCCCGAGGCAGAGCCUGUCUUCUAUCCUUGGGCUGAGACCCAGACCUUGCUGGGGGCACAGCCGUGGCACACCGGGCAGCCGGGAGCUCUCUGGGCAUUUGCUGGAAGUCUGCCUGCUCCGCUCGCGCUGGCCGCUGUCUGGGGCGCUUGUUGCUGGGGAAGCCGCACCCAGAGCCUGGGAGAGAAGCCUCUCCCCCUGCAGCGUCCCUCCAGCGCCCUCUGCUGACAGAACUGGACCUGCAGCCACUGCAGAGCCCCCAGGAAGGGCGGGAGUGGGGCUGAGGCAACAGGUGGAUCACUGGCGCUGUCGCCUCCCGCGCUGAGAGUAGCACUCCUUCCUCCUGACAAGUGAGGACACGCGGCCUGAUGGCCACCGAGUCCAUGGCUGCCUUGGUUCUUACUCACGGAUUCAGCCAAGCCCUGAGGUCACCCCUGUUCUCCUGGGAGUGAGAAGGAAUGGAAGGGACGGGGAGGGGGAGCCUGCGUCCUGCCAGGACCUGCCUCUGACAGCUCCCGGGCUGGGACUCGGUCUCAGCAUUGAUCUCAAAUGUUGUCCUAGCCUGAUGGCGUUGGAGGGUGAGAGGGGCUUCCGGCUCCGGGGUGGGCAGCUCUCACAUGUGAUGUGGGACUAGGAUGGGAGGAGUGGGGGUGGAGCUGCCGUGGGAGAGACACUGCAGCAGGGCAGUGAGGAGAGCCUGGUGAGCCGACCCUGGGCCCAUCGGAGACCAAGGAGGGGCCCCCAGCUCCUGGAGUUGCGGGGGGCAGGCACAGAGCCAGGAGGCCUGGCUGUCCUCACCUGGGCUCCCUCCCACCUAAGCUGUCGCUGCCCUGGCUGGCAGUGCAGCAGCUUCUGCCCCCACCCCAGUGCCCAUCACUGUGUUCACUGCCGGCCCCCCACCCAGUGAUGUCAGGAGAAGAAGUGUACUUUGUGUGUGUGUGUGUUUGUGGUUAAGUAUACAUGACAUAAAUUUACCAUUUUUAAGCGCAGGGCUCAGUGGCAUUAAGCACAUUCACACUGUCAUGUAACCGUCACCAGAAUGUUCUCAUCUUCCCAAACUGACACUCUGUGCCCAACAAACACUGACUCCCCAUCCCCCUCCCCAGCCCCUGGCACCCACCCUCCUUCUUUUUGUCUCUAUGACCUUGACUCUUCUAAGUCCCUCAUGGAAGUAGCAUCAUAUGUUUUCUUUUUGUGUCUGGCUUUUUUUCACUCAACAUAAUGUCCUCAAGGUUCAUCCACGUUGUAACAUGUGUCAGGAUUUCCUUCCUUCUUAAGGCUGAAUAAUGUUCCUUGUGUGGAUGGACUACGUUUUGUGUCUGCGUCCAUCCUGUCGGCGGACACCUGUACUGUUCCCACUUCUCGGCUGCUGUGGACAUUAGUGUACAAGUACCUGUCCCAGCCCUCCUUUCAGUCCUUUUGGGUAUGUACCCAGAAUCAGAAAAUCCUGGAUCACACGGAACCUCCAAGUUGAUUUCCUCGUGUGUCUUCUGAUGGCUGUACCAGAGGCUCCCUGCAGCGUUGGUCCGUGUCCUCAUGUUGGGUGGUGGAGUGGGUCUUUGUGGCGCUUUGUCGUCAUGCAUCAUUGAGACUAGGUCCUCUCCCCACAGCCGGAAAGGCCCAGACCCAGGGCCGCCGUCCACUUGGACACCACUGCCCACAAAGCCUGUCCAGGGCCUGGGACCCACACAGGCCCCUGCUCCGGCACGUUCGACAUCGCACCUGUUUUCAUCUGUGUUUGUGAGCUAAGGUCACCCCUGUGUCAGUAAUGCUCCAGGGUCAGCUGAUUGCAGAGGACUCUUCCAUCUGGGUCUGUGGCCAUCCCUGCCGUGUGUAAGCAUUGAUCUAAACAGAUCACCUCUGCCCUGAAGGACAGAGCGGGACAUCCUCACUCUGAUGCUGUGGGUGGUGCCGCUCCUGGUUUUGUCCUUUCCAGUCUCAUGGGAACCUGUUUUCUGGCCUCCCUAGAAUUAGUUCCUGAAAGAUGAGGCCAGCCCUGCCAGCUCUGCCGUGCCUGUGGGGCUCUUGAAGCCUCUCUCCCCUCCUUGGGCUGCAGCCGAUUUAGAGCGUGUGUCCUGUGGGCUAUUCAGACAAGUGCCCUCAUGGGUGUGGGAAGGGAGGGGAGACAGCCCAGUGCGGCCGGGAGUACGUGUGAACUGCCUCUGCAGAGCAGCUCCAGGCCUGAUGUUGGGCUGGGCCAUGACUGUCAUGGACCCCUCGUCUGCACCCCACCCCCAUGUCACCAGCCCACUGCCCUCCAUAUUGGGGCACCCAUCCCUCCAGACGUGGCAGCUCUCCCCGCAUCAUAUCCCAUUGCCAUGUCCCCCCAGGCACUGCCCAGCAUGAUCCCCCAGGCGCCCUUGGGUUUGACCUGCCUUCCAGGCUGCAUACCUGCCCACCCACAGGUGCCGCACCCUCCUGGGGUCACCCCUGGGGGGUCCCGGCCUCUGCACCGCACCCCCCACCAUGCCUGAGGUUGCCCAGCACUUGGAACCUCCAUAUUUUGCCGACACGAUGAAAGUCCCGAAUCGGGACCCGGAGUUCAUGGGAUGGGGGUGUCCUGGGUGGGCCUGACCUCAUCUGGGCGGCCCGCAGAGGGACCAGCCCCUCCUCAGGGAGUAAGCUGCUGCCCUUGGAGGGGCCCGUGGCCAGAGCUUGAGGGCGGCCUCCAGGAGGCGAGUGACCUCGGCGCACGGCAGGCGAGACCAGGGGCCCCAGUCACAUGGCUUCAAGGAACUGACCCCUGCAAUAGCGGAGACCCCGCCGACCAGCACCUGUGUCACCCCGGGGCUGAGCACCUGGCUGAGAUGAUGGGUGGGCAUUGCUUUAAGCUGCCGCAUUUGUGUAGAUGUUUGGCUGCAUAGAAGACCAGCAUACUCCCGUCAGGAUGGCGCUGUCAUGGCUGUCACGUCACCACCCUCUUUGUCAAAAUAUCAUUUAGACCCACAGGCUGAUGCUUUUACUGGCUCCACCUGGAGGGACUGCUGGGCCAGCUGUUUCCCUUUGGGGUGGCUUCCAUGGAGGCUGUCACUACUGGACACUUCACUGGACCCUGGCCUGUGCACCCGUCACUGCUGCCAAACACCCCCCAGCGGUGUGCAGAUCCCUCCCCUGACUGUGCCCAGACCCACCCCUCAAAUGAUGACAGACCCUUUCCAUGACUGUGCCCAGUUGGACUUGGAAGUGAGGAGUGAGGGGCUUCCUCUCGCUUGGAGCCUCCACGUGGUACCAUCAUGCCCACCAGCAGUUCGGCUAAACAGUGACUCUGAUGAAAGCAACCCAGCGCUUCAGGCUCCUAGCGAUUAGCAAACACCUCGCUUCUUGUCUACAAAUGGGCAGUUGGAGUAAGAGGACAGAGGCACUGCUCUUUCGCUUUGUUAUUUUCCCUAAGUUUUCCUUUCUGGAGUCUUCACAAGAAUGGGAACCAGAAGCCACGGCACCGGCCUGGUUCGGGCUCAGCCUCCCGUCCCCUGCGACUGCAGGGGUCAGGCGAGCGGGCAGGCUCAUCCUGGCCGCCAACAGGGACGAGUUCUACCACCGGCCUUCCAGGGCCGCGGACUUCUGGGGGAACAACAACGAGGUCCUCAGCGGGCUGGACAUGGAGGAAGGCAAGGAAGGCGGCACGUGGCUGGGCAUCAACACGCGGGGCAAGCUGGCGGCACUUACCAACUACCUGCAGCCACGGCUGGACCGGGACGCCCGGGGCCGAGGUGAACUCGUGGCCCAGUUUCUGACCUCAGACGUGGAUAGCUUGUCCUACCUGAAGAAGGUCUCCGCAGAGGGCCACCUGUACAACGGCUUCAACCUCAUAGCGGCCGACCUAAGCACAGAGAAGGGAGAUGUCAUUUGCUACUAUGGAAACCGGGGGGAGCGUGAGCCUGUUGUCCUGGCGCCAGCAGCAACUUAUGAGGUUCCAGUCUCUCCCCAUCCUCGCCAAGACUUGUCACUGUCUGACUUUUUGAUCGCAGCUGUUCUGGGGCUGUGGUGCUCCCAGCCUUGACCUUCUCAGGUGGACCCCCAUGUCGGGCUCCCCCAACUUAUGGACGGACCUUCCUCUGCUGUUGAUUCCGAUCACCCACCCCUGAGGCCUGGCGAGUUACUGGACGCAUGUAGAGAAGGGGCGGGUGGGUGGAGUUCCAGCCACAGCCCCCGACACCUCCGACGCUGGCCGAGCCAACU